GUCCAUGCACUGUUCGAGCUGUGAACCAACCUGCAUCCAACCCGUCAUUGACAGAUUAACCACAGUCGGACACGGCAAUGACUUGACCAACGACGCGGCCGAGACCAAGAUGGCCCCCAACUUGACGAUCUGCUGCCCGUCGGGAGCUGUGAAUGGUUGCUUCACUUUCCGUGCCCGACCAUUUCGUAAAGUUCAGAGCUCUCCGCGGCGAGCUCCUGAGUCCUGACGGACAUCGUCAAUUUCUUUGAUCGCGCUCUUGAUAAGCCCAUUGCAGCUUGAGAAUCGCCCGUCUCGCGUAGUUCCAUAGAGAACACCUUGCGGCUAAACAUAGCAACAACCUUCGUUUGGAGACGUGAUGGAACCGACGGCAGGCUCGACAGUCCCAGAGCAACAGACUCCGGAGAACAAGUCCGGUCCACAGCAGGUCAGAUAUGGCUGGCGGUUCUGGGCCAUCCUCGUGGCCCUUUCCUUUACGUCGAUCCUGGCCGGGCUCGAGAUUGGGUGCAUCGCUACGGCCAUGCCCACCAUGGUGAAGGAGUUGGGUUCCGGCGGCCACAGCGAGACAAUCUAUGUUUGGGUUGCCAAUGCGUACUUCCUCACCAUGACUGCGUUUCAGCCAUUGUACGGUCAAGCAUCGAACAUCUUCGGGCGUCGAACGAUGACGCUGUUGUCGGUGAUCCUCUUUGCUAUUGGCUCUGCUGUGUCAGGUGCCGCCACGAGCAUGGCGAUGCUGGUGGUCGGAAGAGCCAUCAUGGGCGCCGGCGGCGGCGGCAUCCUGGUCAUGAUCGAGAUUAUCAUCUGCGAUCUUUGCCCCCUGCGGGACCGACCCAAAUAUCUCGGCAUGGUCAUGAGCAUCUUCGGCGUCGCCAUGUGUGUCGGCCCGCUCAUCGGGGGCGGUCUUGCCGAGCACGCAAGCUGGCGCUGGAUUUUCUACCUGAAUCUCCCAGUGUCCGCCGUGUCCCUAGUGCCGCUCCUCCUGUUCCUCCGCGUCCGGUACAACAGAGACUCGAUCGGGAGAAUGCUUAUGAAGGUCGACUGGGGAGGAAACGCGCUUUUCGCAGCAUCCGUCACCGCAGUCCUUCUCGCCCUUAGUUGGGCAGGAACCGAGUAUCCAUGGUCCUCGUGGAGAACCCUUGUGCCCUUGAUCCUGGGCAUAUUGGGUCUAGGUGUAUUUUUGGGCAUCGAAUCCACCACACUCAUUGCUCAACCUACCAUGCCCCUCCGCCUGUUUGCUCACCGCACCUCGCUCGGCGCAUUUGGUCUCACCUUCAUCGCGUCCAUCCUGACAUACUGGAUGGCGUACUGGCUACCAAUCUACUUUCAGGCCGUCAAGGAGUCUACGCCCACCCAAUCCGGAAUUGACACCCUUCCAGUCUCCAUGAUCAUGAUUCCGUUUUCCAUCCUGGCCGGCGGGGGCGUCACGGCCGCGGGGCGCUUCCGACCUUUCCAGUUUAUCGGCAUCUCACUCUUUACCGUUUCCAUGGGACUGUUCUCCAUGCUCGAUAUCGACUCGUCCAAAGGCUACUGGGUAGGGUUUCAGGUCGUGGCUGCGGCGGGGUCUGGCAUGCUACUCACUUGCACGCUUCCUGCCGUGCAAGCGCCGCUACCCGACUCUGAUGUUGCCAUUGCCACAGCCACCUGGGGUUUCCUGCGCAGUUUUGGUGGAGUUUGGGGUAUCGCCAUCCCUACCGCCAUCUUCAACUCGCAUGUCAACAGCCUCCUGGACGGUGGCCGCGUAGGUGACGCCACAGUCGCCGACUCCUUGCGCAACGGGGGGGCUUAUGGACUGGCCUCGAUAGGCUUCAUUCAGUCCCUCCCCCAAGACAUAAAACAUCAAGUCAAGACUGUCUACGUCGAUAGUUUACGGCUGAUCUGGCAAGUCGCCAUCGGGUUUGGUCUCCUCGGCUUUUUGGUGGCGCUGGUGAUCAAGGAGGUGAAGAUGCGGGAGGACCUCAAGACUGACUUUGGCCUGAUCGAAGGCAAGAAUGACAGUCCAGCCAAUAACUCGGCAACUGUCAGCUCGGCGGAACAGAGUGUUGAAGCAGGACACAAGGAAGGCAUCCGAGAGUAGAAUAGGUAGCCCUUUCCAAACUAUCUGUAUCAGUCGUAUGAAACUUCAUACCGUGUUGUGUGAUAUCUCGAAGGCGAACCUUUUCCUACGCAAAGCCCAAUUCCGCUGAGAAGCAUCCAGUAGCGUUUGGGGCCCCAGGCAAACUUUUC